UUCUUCGUGUAAAUACAAACUAUUAAUUGUAAACAAAUCUGCACAGUGUUUAUCUACUAUGUCGUCUCUUAUAUAAAACUUAUUUAUAUGUAUCGAUAAGAACCGAAAAUUAUAAUUUUUUUUUAAUUAACUAUCGCCAUUUACUGUUUAAUAUCUAAUCACUAAAUACUGAUUACUGGCCAAGUCGAUAGUAUAGAUACACUAAUACUAUUUAUUACAAUGACAUGUCAAGUAAGAGUGGCGCAGGGUGUCUUACAAGGGAAGAAAUGCACGACGUACAACGGGAAGGAAUAUUAUAGUUUUGAAGGUAUACCUUAUGCGAAACCACCGAUUGGCAAACUCAGAUUUCAAAACCCCCAAGAUCCAGAGGGCUGGUCAGGGGUACGAGACGCAACAAAACCAGGAAACAAAUGUGCACAGUUAAAUCUCAGAGAUGGACAAAUUAUUGGUUCGGAAGACUGUUUAUACCUGAAUGUUUACACGCCCAGUUUACCAGCUGAAAAACUAGAAAAAUUACCAGUUUUGUUCUACGUACACGGUGGGAGCUUCCUGGUAGGAUAUGGGGAUUGGUAUCGACCGGAUCAUUACAUACAGCAUGACGUUAUUUUUGUAACAGUAAACUAUAGACUACACGUUCUAGGUUUCCUGUCUCUACAUCUACCUGAAGCUACUGGAAAUAUGGCUUUUAAAGAUACAGCUAAAGCUUUACGAUGGGUAAAUCAGAAUAUAGCUAAUUUCAAUGGUAAUGCAAAUAAUGUAACAGUAUUUGGUGAAAGCGCAGGAUCCGCUAUAGUAACUUCAUAUUUAGUUAGCAAAAUGACCGAUGGCCUUUUCAGUAAAAUAAUUGGUCAGUCGGGAAGUCUUGUGUCUGAUUUGCUUAUAAAAGAUGAGAAUCCUGUAGAAAAAGCAUCACACUUAGCUUCACUGUUAGGUAAAAAUAUUCAAGACAAAAAAGAAUUGCUCAAUUUCUUUAUUGAUAUGCCUGUAGAAGAUUUAAUAAAUGGGUACUUUACGGCGGAAUUCAGUAAAUCUCUUUAUGUUAUCGAGCCCUUUUUAAUACCUGUGAUAGAAAAAGAUGUUGGGCCUGAAAGUUUCUUCGAUGAAUAUCCUAUUGAAACUAUAAGAAAAAAUCGUCACAAAAAAGUGCCAAUGAUUAUUGGAAUAAGUGUAUUCGAAGCUGGACUGUUUAUAAGACGAGAUGCAGAAGGAAAUAUUAUAUAUGAAAAUGAUUUCAAACAUUUCGUGCCGAAAUAUUUAAAUUUGAAAUAUGAUAGUCCAAAGUCAUUAGAAGUUAUAAAGAGAAUGCGUGACUUCUAUUUCAAAGGACAACAAGUAAAUGAAAAUUUAUUAGAAAAAUUUGUUGUGUUCUUAUCAGAUGUAUAUUUUAAUAGAGACAUUAUACUGAUACCGGAAUUAAUGCGAAAUAAUCAAGAUAAUGUAUUUUUCUACAUAUUUUCAUUUGUUGGAAGUAUAAAUGUGAAAGCUUUAAAGGGGUUAGGAAUUAAAGGAACAACGCAUGGUGAUAUUGUGCAAUACGAAUUUUAUAAAAAGAAUAAAUUUGACCAAUGCACGGAACGUGAUAGACAACUCAUACAAUUCUUGAGUGAGGCAUGGUGCAACUUCGCUAAGAAUGGAACACCUACUUGGACGAACCAGGAAGUGGUGUGGGAACCGUACAGAGGCGAAACACGGGCCUGUUUAGAAAUAGAUGACAAGAAAAAAAUGAUCACACUUCCAAUGCACAGUAGAUAUAAGUUCUGGACAGAUCUCUGUGGGGAUAGAUCAAAAUUAUAAAAAUAAAUCAGCUGUGUUAUGGAACAUUCAUGUAUAAUUAACAGCUGGGUGUCGGUGUUCCACAAGGCACAAAACUAGGUCACAUUGAAAUUAUUUUAAUGGGAAAACUUUAGAACUAUACAAAUUAAGUGCAACAUCACUAUAAAAUGGAAACGGGUAGGUAUGAGCAACGGACAUAUCAAAUUAAAACAUAGAAUUUCACAAUGAAGAAAA